AGCGAUUUGAAUUAUGUCACAUUUUGUUCCUCAAAGCACUUCUUGUUCUUUCCCCACCAGGCUGGGGACAGAGUCUUUCCUUUGGAAUCAGUGAAGCAGCUGAAGGAGCUGAUGGAUUUGGAUGACGAAAACAUCAGCCUGAACCUCCCUGAGACGAGCAUUGAAGCCGCUUGCGUCAACCCACUUCUGCCACGAAUCUUCCGGCCAGUGUGUCGAGGAAGGAGAACAGGGAUUGUUUUCUCUAAGCUGGUAAGACUGGAUAAAGAAAGAAGAAACAAACAAAUAGAUACAUUGAAAAUCAUUACACCUUUGGAUCCUUGUGAAAUAUGCGCCAACGCUGCCUGUUACGGGUGUUUGUACUGAGGCUGCCAUCUGCCAAAUACACACACAUCCAGCGACCCAGCAACCACGAGGGUCAAGGUUCAGAGGUCAACUGAUGCCUAAAAAAUACUGGGUUAAAAGUUUUGGUACACACUUAUCAUACCUUUAUCAGAAAAAUGUCAAAAUAGACAUACUGCAUUGUUUGAAUAAAAUAUCCGUCUCUCCAAUGAA